AUGACCCUUUCUGCCGUCAAUGCCAUCUCUACAAAGAGUAAAUCUACUGCUGCUAUUCAGAAACUCAACUAUGUUAGUGGUGCUGCAAUGAAUGACUUGUCGGUUCAUGCUAAUCAGCCUCCUCCGCCAAUGUACCCUGACCACUCGGAAGAGGAACAAGAAAAGGAUGCUCGACUGCGCUCGUUUUUGGACGAUAACCCUCACAUCAUACUGAGUAUGAGUGAAUUCAGAAACCUUAGGACUCUACCCUCUAAUCAUGCAAUUCAAUUCUUGAAUGAUAUCAAAGAUGCCAUCGAGGGUACUAUUGUUCCGCCACCUUUUGGUCCACAGUCUGCACCAGCUUCCCUGGGAAUGGUCAAUAUUGGAAACAGUUGUUAUAUCGAUGCACUGCUGUUUGCCAUGUUUGCAUGCGGGACUGCAUUUGAUGGCUUGAUGGAUGCUCCUACCUUGGAUACCGGUGAUGAAAUGGAUUACAGUAUGAAACGAUUUUUGCGGUUCUCUUUGGAAUCAAGUAUUCGAUUGAUAGUUAAUCGGUUGAGAAAAGGACAAUUGGUCGAUAAAAUAUACGUUGCGCGUUUUCGAAAGGCACUUGCCGAGCUAGGAUGGUUUGGAGAAAACAAGGAUAAUGUGGGUCUACAACAAGAUACAAGUGAGCUGUUUCUAUUCUUGAUGAACACACUAGGAGCUCCUUUUUUACCCUUGCAAUCUGAAAUCUUUCAUGGUGCACAUUCUUCCUGCGACGACUUGAGGAUCUUUACGGAACGAAUUAUUCAAUUGAGCAUUCCAAGCACUGUAUCGCACGUUAGUGUGUUACUAGAAGAUAUGUUGGAAGACCAUUUCUUUAGCAAUAUGGUUCAAAUUAAGCGUCGAUCUGAAUCAUCUUUAGACUCCACCUCGUCCACAAAUGCUGAGCAUACUUUAUCCAAUGAUGCUUCGCACCUUGAAUCGGGAUCACGACCUACUCAUUUGAAGCAUAUCGAGGCUUGGCAAUCCAGUCGUGUUCUCCCCUUUCUUACCCCAGAAUGUGAAACGGGUGAUCCAUCUCGCAAUAUUCCUCAAUCACAAACCCGGCCCAUCACUAUUCCAUUUAUGAUCAAACGGUUUUCGUAUGAUGUGAGAUCGGGUCAGACUGUUCGUAUUGGUCGUAGGGUAUAUAUCCCCACCGAGAUUCCGUUUGGGGAUUUUAUUGUGCAUAAUGCUAAUCCUACGGGAACGGGUAAACAAGAUCAUCUGGGAGUGAAUAGAAACUACUGUUUAAGAUUGAGAAGCAUAUUAUGCCAUGAAGGUAAUGGACCACGAAGUGGCCACUACACAUCCAUUGUUUCUAAACGACCUGGUUGUGCGGCAACAGGGGAACACACACUUGGAGAACCCAUGAAUGUUUUGGAAUCUCUUGGUACCCCCAUGACUGUAGGCUCUUUGCCCACCAUGUCAGCGUCCUUGUCAUCCACAAGUCUAGAUUCAAGUGACACGAUCAAAGUUGAAACCCUUUUAAACGAGCUAGGACGAUCCAGUACUUUUGAGUCCUUUUCCACUAAAUCAACAAUGCGAUCCAACGGUACUAAACCACGACUGGGACCCACAUCACUGUCUCGGUCCUUGUCCUGCGCGCCAUCCACACCUUCCUUCAAUUCAAAAUCUGAAGUGCUCCCAGAGUCUAUGCAUUGGCUGCAUUUUGACGAUAAUAUGAUUUCAGGAAGGGUCAAGGUAUUGUCAACCCAACAAGCCAUAGCCAAUGCAUUCAACCAUGCCAGCCUAAAUGCCUAUAUGGUGUUUUACGAAUUAUGUAUACCGGAUUUCCCGGUACUCCAAGCUGCCUACCCGUUUGUAGUCGAGCCGCCCCCAAGAAGAAAGUCGAGCAAAAGAUGCACCAUCUUGUAA